AUGGUGUACAAAUUGAUUUGCCUUGUAUUGGCGUCUAGUUUACCAUUUAUGUUUACUCUUCACGGAGACUUUGUUUUUGACGAUUCUGAGGCAAUAAUAAAGAAUAAAGAUGUAGUAUCUGAGUCCUGGAUGGAUGCUUUUAACAAUGACUUUUGGGGUACGGAUAUAAAAAGCAAUUUGAGCCAUAAAUCGUACCGACCACUUACCAUUAUAUCAUUCAGGAUAAACUAUUGGUUAAACAAUAAUCAACUUUCAGCUGUGCAUUUUAAAGUUACAAAUCUUAUAAGCCACACCUUAUGCUGUUUAAUUGUGUAUAACAGUUUUAUAGUCAUUCUAAAUGACGUAGGAUUUGAGAAAUCAAUUACAUCGUGUAUAGAUAUUGCUUAUACGGCGGCAACGCUAUUUGCAGUACAUCCAGUACAUGUAGAAGCUGUUUCUGGUAUUGUAGGUCGAGCAGACAUACUGGCUUGCUGUACAUUCUUCUUAGCAUUUAUUUUUUAUAGCAAAUCUAUGAGAAAUUGUAAAUUUAUGAUCUCGUAUUUCUAUGUAAGUACAGCUAUACUACUGGCAGGAAUUUCUAUGCUUUUUAAAGAAAAUGGAAUUACAGUUUUGGGCUUCUGCAUAAUAUACGACAUAGUAAUCACCAAAAAUAUUAAGACAAAACAGUUAACAAAGGGUCAUCUUAAUUUUAACAUAAAGGUGAUUAUUAGACUCUCAUUAACUUCAUUAGGCAUAAUAGUGCUGUUGUAUGGAAGAUGGACAGUCAUGGGUAGACAUACACCUGCAUUUAAAGCCAUUGAUAAUCCAGCUGCUUUCUCGGACAAUCUUUUCACAAAGUUAGCAACAUAUAACUACAUCUACUUUCUAAAUGCCCUUUUAGUGAUCUGGCCUCAAUGGUUAUGCUACGAUUGGUCAAUGGGAUGCGUUCCACUCAUACACAGUACCCUGGACUUCAGGAUAUUGUGCAUAUGGGCUAUUUAUUUGUAUGGAGUAUUGGUUGUAAGAGUUAUAAUACAAAAUAGUUGGAACAUUUCUACUAAAAGACUACUAAUUGUGACAGUGUCCCUCACAAUAAUUCCAUUUCUACCAGCGGCCAACAUUUUGUACACAGUGGGCUUUGUCAUCGCCGAAAGAGUACUUUACAUACCUUCUGCAGGAUACUGCCUUCUUUUUGCUAUUGGUUUUAAAAAAAUAUUAACUUCGGAGAAAAGGCAGAGGUAUAAGCUGUAUAUCUUGCUAUUCUCUUUACUAAUUAUAACAUACGGAGUCAAAAGCUGGAAGAGAUCUAUAGACUGGCAAAAUGAGUAUCGACUAUAUAUUAGUGGUAUGGCUGUUUGUCCACUGAACGCUAAAGUGCGGUACAACGUUGCCAAAGUGGCCGACGCUAGCCAUAACACUGAGUGGGCUAUGGAAGAAUAUAAGGCAGCUAUAAGACUGAAUCCAAAUUACUACCAAGCCAUGAACAAUAUAGCUAAUCUGUUAAAAAAUCAAAAACAGUACACCGAAGCUGAAGACUACCUCAAAAGUGCUGUACGACUUAAAAGAGAUUUUCCAGCGGCAUGGAUGAACCUAGGAAUAGUUUUGGCUAAUGUCAGACGCUACGACGAAGCCUUAGACGCCUAUAAAACUGCCAUGGAAUAUCGCAAGAAAUAUCCCGACUGCUUAUACAAUUUAGGAAACUUGUAUUUAGAAAUGAACAUGACAAAGGACGCAAUGGAAAGUUGGUUUCAAGCGAUCAAUCUGAACUCAUCGCAUGUACUAGCUUGGACCAAUUUAUUGGCAUUAUUGGACAAUUCAGGUCACCUAGAAAAAGCUCAAGAAGUAAUUCCAGUAGUUCUAAAUGAACUGCCUGAUUCGCCGUCAAUUAAUUUCGCUGUUGCAAACAUUUACGGGAAGUUAGAGCGAUACAAAGAAGCUGAAAAACAUUUUAGAAAAGCUAUAAAAUUAUUUGGAAACAGAGUACAAGCUAUACAUUUCGCUAAUUUGGGUGUUUUGUACCACCGGUGGAAGAAGUACGACCUGGCUGAAAAUAUGUACAAAAAUGCUUUAAAAAUAAAUCCAAAUUUUAAGAGUGCGGAAAGAAAUCUCAGGUCUGUGAAAAAAAUGAGAAAGCAAUAA